UCUCUAGCUUUAGUGUCAUCUUUAAUCAUGGCUUGGAAUAAGAUUCAGCCAAAGGGACGCAUCGUAGAUAUUGGUGAUGGCUUUGCGCCCAUUGAAGUGAAUUAUGUGGGAUGCAAAACAUUUUCCAAAUGCAGUAGUUAUGGUAAAGAAGUGCCCGGCAUGAAUUGGCAUGAGUUUCGGGUUCUUCAUCGUAGCCAGUUAAAGUUUCUAGCAGAUCCUAAGAAAUUAAUACUCGAUGGAUUCUUUAAUGCCAUCGAUUCAGAGGAAUUCUAUCCAGUGGCCUAUGAAAGUGGUCCCCAAGUGGACACAUUUCUGGCCAGGAACUGUAAAACGGCAUUGGAUAAGCUCUUCGCCAAGGGCCUUAUUAUCACCCUAUCAACGAAUGCCCAACUGGAGAUAUUUGUCAUGCUGAAUGUGUCCAAACCCAUCACCGCGCACAUUAAUCCGCCCGUUGAGAUUGGCAAAGCCGUGGCCUCGCUCAUGGAGAAUCUGGAGCAACAGGAUGGUGUUACUGGAUUACUGAAUCUCUCGAAUUUCAGUUCACAUAGUCGCUUCGAAAAGAUAGUGGUCAGUUUGGCCAAUGUGAGCACCUUGCGUCAGGUGUGUCAGAAUGUCCAGCACGAUAGUGAUCGGUUCCAUAUGGUCAAUGGAUUUAUUUUUGCCAAUAAUGGCAUCUCGAAUCUGCUGCCAUUGAAUCUAUUCGCUGAUACAGAUUAUGCUUUGUUAGAUUUGUCGGGCAAUCAGAUUAAAUCACAUCGACGUCUUUGCUCGGACUUGGAGCGCUUUCGUGCCAAAGAGCUAAGACUCGCCAAUAAUCCCAUUAUCAAGAGCUCAAGCUAUCCAGAUUGCAUGAAGCCGUUGGCCAAGAAUUUCAAACUGGUCGACGGUGUGGCAAUUGAUAAGCUCGGUGCAACUUACACGCCCCUUAACUAUGAGAUUGACUUGGAAUGCGAUGGUGUUCGCAUUGAUUGGUCCAAUAAAAAGGAUUUGGCCACCUUUGAAGACAGCAAGCAUUGGCAUGCGUGCAAGAUACCCGAUUCUGGCCACACGUUGACUAAGGAUAUGCUCUAUGAUUGCUUUUUCAUUACAAUUAAUCAUUCUCUUAGUGAAUUCUUUCCUUGCUACUAUAAGUUUGAAAACGGCGAACAUAGUUUCAUAGUUCGAAAUUGUUAUGAUCAGAUCUGUCACUUGGUGCAGGUAUGCAACUUGGAAUUGAAAAUACCCCAGCUGGUUGUUGGGGAGGAUGGAGUGAAUCUAGACCGCUCAUUACCCUAUUAUUUGAGAAUGAAUGUCAGUCAGUUUAAGCCAUCGAGUCAUUUGGACCCUUAUGAGCGCAUUGGCAAAUGCUUGGAUGCCUGCUUCAAUGUCCAGGAUCGUGUUCUGAAACUAGAUAUGUUCCGUUGCACUCCUGGCUUGGAGAAUGUUAUGGUCUGUUUGAGUUCACCGCCAAUUUUAGCCAAAGUCCUAGACAUGGCGUCGCGUAAAUUCAUGAACCAGUGCACCGAACUGAAACUGUCGAAAAACAAGAUAACGCGUCUAGAUGGCCUCAAAAGUUUGCGCCUGAUGGUUCAUCUAAAGUCAUUGGAUUUGAGCCACAACUGGAUACACGAUCUGGAGGCUAUACGUCCGUUGGAGGUUCUACACUUGAAGUCAUUGACGAUCCAUGGCAAUCCUGUGUGCCAGAACUAUCGCAUGCCCAGCGAGUAUGUGGCAGCUGUGCGUGAAAUUUUCGUUGGUCUCACCAUUUUGGAUCAUGUGGAAUUGCGUGACGAUGUGAUGCCUACCCCUCAAAAGAAUUUCCUUUGCGAUGUUCGCGGCUACGAGUUGUGUGAGUUUUUUCUCAAAACGUUUCUAACCGGAUAUGAGUCGCGCGCAACGCGUGAGUGUCUUCGCAAAUUUUAUACGGAUAAAUCCAUGUUCACUUUAACCUGUGAGAUCCAACGUAAAGAUUAUCUCAAACGUACUCGCGCGUAUGCCACACAUUCGAGCAACAUCAAGAGAUUGGCGGACUUUUCACGUGCCAUCUGUGCCUAUCAUGUAGGCACCGAUGAGAUAAUCAGUCUAUUUAUGAAAUUGCCGGGUGUGCGACACGAUUUUGUCUCCCUGCAAACGGAUGUUAUGCAUUGGGAUGCCAAAUCGGCCAUUAUCUAUGUCAAUGGCUUGUUCGAAGAUAAGUCACUAACCACACAGAAGGCACGAGCACCCUUCUAUUUGGCCUUUUCCAGGCAAUUUGUACUUAAAGUUGAUGCCACUGGCUUGGGUAUUGGUAAGAAUGCUUCUCGCUGGAAAAUUACAAACGAGCAUCUAGAUAUCCUGGUACCCUCGCCGACUCAACUGAAGAACGCUUUCAAAAUGCCUUCAGCCAUGGCUGAUCCUCCUGGGGCGGUUGCCACCCAAGAGAAAAUCAAAAUCGAAUUGCAUAAAUCGCUACUAUUCGGCGAGACUACUGGACUGCGUCAACCGUGGUGCACCAAAAUUCUGGAAAUGGAAUCAUAUGACAUGAAGAACGCCCUUAAGAGAUAUCUCAGCAUGGAGGAGAAAAAUGAAGUACCCCUAGAUGCCUAUACCUAGACCAUGAAAGUUAGGUCGUACUCCUCCAUAUAUAACACUUUGACCUCAAACUAUGAAACAUUAGCUUUAAUAGCUUUUAUGAACAGAUAUAUCAUAUAUCUUGCGAUACUUUUCGUUUUGACUAUUGGCUGGCACUAUUUGUUAAAUGAAAGCCUAGUGCCUAUUUUUAGUUCCUAUAUUUAAGACUUGACCAAUCUUGGUCUUUGUUCGUGGAAACCGAAUUUGUCUCGCUUUAAUUACCAGCGAGUAUUAUAAACUUAAGAAAGAUGGGAGUCUUCCCAUGAAAUUGUUCCUUUUAAGUUUUCCGGAAGUGACUUAUCAUCUAUCCGAAACGAAUCAUUAACUAUUGAAUAAAUAUGUGAAACUUGUUUUCUCCCACCUAUUAAAUAUAAAAUCAUCAUUAUGUAACCAUUGUAA